GUGAAGUUCUAUGAAUUCGGAAGCAAUUUCGGAUUCAUUGCACCUGGACGUAUAUAAUACGCCUUCUUUUAAUUUGUUUUGAUGUUCUCCUUCUUCUUCGGUGAUUUUCUUUUCUUUGAUAUCAUAAUCGAACUUUUCAGAGAAAAAAAAAAAAAUCAAACUUUUUUCAGAAACAUGAGGACCAUCUAGUGUGGAGAUCGAACAAAAAGCGAAGAAACUUAGGAUAUAUAUGAGGUGGAAGUGGAAGAGGGACCUCUUUUGUCUAGGUGCAAUCGAAUGAUCAUCCACUAUCAACGGCUAAUUUGCUUGGGAAGCAUAUUAAGGAAGGUGAGGAAAAUUAGCCUAUGGGCUGCCUAAGAUUCUGACAGUGGUUUACGUCAAAAUGGGGGCCAAUGAGACUACAACUACACCUUUCAAUCGCUGGCUGUGAUAGACUGGAAUUGCGUUUUGCAUACCCUUUAUUAACUUCCAAAUUGUUAAGCAGAGCACCACUUGAAGGGGGAUCUUUCAGUUGAAGAAUCAACCCCUCCGAUCCCUGAGAAAGGAAAAAAGAAAUUUUUUGAGAUAGGAAAAAGAAAAUAGAAAGGGGGGAACUGUGAGAUAUAAAGGUGGACGUGCUUCUAAUUUUUUUGCUGCUGCCAUGUGUGUUUGAAAGUCAAUACCUUCCCAAUCAGCAUAGUUUAAUCGGUAAGCACUACAAUUAUGGAAGACUUGAUUACUGGCUUACAUCAAUCACAAGGGUACUAAAACAUUCCAUGUGUCGGCUGCCUGCGAUUAGCAAUUGCGUUUCACAUUGCUGCUUAUCUUGUAUAUGACAUGUGAGCUAAUUUUGUUUGCCUCUAAUGGGUCAUUCAACUGAUGAGAAACUUGAAAAAAAAGAGAUGGAUACCAGAAGUCUAUCAUCCUCACGCCAUCCAUCACUGAACAUUCACAAGGUGGGAGUUCCCCCCAAGCAAAAUCUCUUCAAGGAAUUCAAAGCUACUGUGAAAGAAACACUCUUUUCAGAUGAUCCUUUACGUCCCUUUAAGGAUCAAUCUGGGUCUCGCAAAUUCAUUUUAGGCAUCCAGGCCAUUUUCCCCAUAUUUGAGUGGGGUAGAAGGUACAACCUAACCAAAUUCAGAGGGGAUCUUAUUGCAGGACUCACUAUUGCAAGUCUCUGCAUUCCUCAGGACAUUGGAUACGCAAAGCUUGCAAAUUUGGCUCCACAAUAUGGAUUGUAUUCCAGCUUUGUUCCACCAUUGAUUUAUGCCUUCAUGGGUAGUUCAAGAGACAUAGCCAUAGGACCUGUGGCCGUGGUCUCUCUCUUGCUGGGAACCCUACUUCAAAAUGAGAUCGACCCCACUACAAAUCCUACAGAGUAUCGGCGGCUUGCAUUCACAGCUACAUUUUUUGCUGGAAUCACUCAAGCCACCCUAGGGUUCUUCAGGUUGGGUUUCUUGAUUGACUUCCUAUCCCAUGCUGCCAUUGUCGGUUUUAUGGGUGGAGCUGCCAUCACUAUUGCACUCCAACAGCUUAAAGGUUUUCUUGGAAUAAAAAAGUUCACAAAGAAAACUGAUAUUAUCUCUGUAAUGCACUCAGUAUGGGGCUCAGUCAAUCAUGGAUGGAACUGGCAGACUAUACUUAUUGGAGCAACCUUUUUAAGUUUUCUGCUGUUUGCUAAAUUCAUGGGAAAAAGGAACAAGAAGCUCUUCUGGUUACCUGCAAUUGCCCCAUUGAUAUCUGUUGUUCUGUCCACCUUUUUUGUGUAUAUAACCCAUGCAGAAAAGAAUGGUGUUGAAAUUGUGAAACAUAUAGAGAAAGGAAUUAAUCCCUCGUCGGUUAAUGAGAUAUAUUUCCAUGGUGAAUAUCUUGGCAAAGGUUUUAGGAUUGGGAUGGUGGCUGGUAUGAUAGCAUUGACGGAAGCCAUAGCAAUUGGAAGAACAUUUGCUUCCAUGAAAGACUAUCAACUUGAUGGAAACAAAGAAAUGGUGGCACUAGGAGCAAUGAAUAUUGUUGGUUCAAUGACUUCCUGCUAUGUUGCGACAGGUUCGUUCUCACGGUCAGCUGUGAAUUACAUGGCUGGCUGCCAAACUGCAGUCUCCAACAUUGUGAUGUCCUGCGUCGUAAUCCUAACCUUGGAAUUCAUCACACCUCUUUUCAAGUACACACCAAAUGCCAUUCUCUCUGCCAUCAUCAUAUCAGCUGUGAUCAACCUAAUUGACUUCCAAGCAGCAGUCCUGAUAUGGAAGAUUGAUAAAUUUGAUUUUGUUGCUUGUUUGGGAGCCUUCUUUGGAGUAAUUUUUUCCUCUGUUGAGAUAGGCCUCUUAAUUGCGGUCUCAAUAUCCUUCGCUAAAAUCCUAUUACAAGUUACCAGGCCAAGGACUGCAAUUCUUGGGAAGAUUCCUAGGACUGCUGUGUACAGAAAUAUCCAACAAUAUCCAGAUGCAACUAAAGUUCCAGGUGUUCUGAUUGUGAGAAUUGAUUCAGCAAUUUACUUUUCCAACUCCAAUUAUGUUAAGGAGAGGAUAUUAAGGUGGUUGACAAAUGAGGAAGAACAAAAGAAAGCGGACUACCAACCAAGAAUCCAAAUUUUGAUAGUUGAGAUGUCACCUGUUACAGACAUUGACACCAGUGGCAUUCAUGCCUUGGAAGAACUAUAUAGGAGUCUCCAGAAGAGAGACGUUCAGCUCAUUCUGGCGAAUCCUGGGCCAGUGGUGAUUGACAAGCUCCACGCUUCCAACUUUACAAACGUGAUUGGCGAGGACAAAAUCUUCCUCACAGUUGCAGACGCUGUCUCCUCCUGUUCUCCAAAGUUGGUUGAAGAAGCUUGAUAAAGAAGGAAUGACAGCAUAAGAUGAUGAGAAGCAGGAGCAUACCUAGGUGUUGGAGUUGAAAGCUUUGGAAAACAGGUCUGGUUGAGUCGUGGUGGGUGGUGACUAGGCCAUCAUAAAAGUGGUUAAGUGGACUCUGAGAUCCUAAUCCAGUGAAAAAAAGAAAAGAAAAGCAAAGAAAAAGGUGCACAAUUUGUGCACUCAAAAAGCGAUGAGGUUGUUUAAUUUACAGAAAGGUCCAUAUAAAUGUAACUAAUUUAGAAGGAAUUUUGUUUUCUUCCA